AGACACUCGAAAACAUUAAUUUCUACCGUUGGUUUCUCUCUCUCUCACUCGCUCUCAUUCUCUCUCUUUCUGGCAUCACUCCACUCUGUUUCUCUCGGUUCUGCCGCAGUAGUGUUCAGGCUGAUUUGAUUUGUUGCUGCUGUUCUGCGGCGGCCGGCGCGAAUCACGAGGACGGACAGGGACAGGAGUGGCGGGAACAGAGAUGACCACAGUCACACCAGGCGCUGGGCACGAGGUGACAGCAGUCAUGACUGCGCCCAUCAUCACUGGGAUAAGACCACUCACCAAUGGGCAUGCGUCCCCUUCUCGUCUGUCGUCCAAUCACAACAGCCCAGCAGUGUCCCCGCGGAUGGACAGAGUGCAGCUAGUGAGAGGGAGGAGAGAGGAGAGAGAGAAGAGUCAGGACCUAGGGCAGUUCUUGCGUGAUAAGGAGCAGCGUGUGCGGCAGCAGCUGGAGCGUUGUGCAGACGAACGAGGGAGGAGGAUGGAAGAGCAGAAAAGACGGGAGGAGGAGAGGAGGGCAGCAGUGGAGGAGAGGAGACGACAGCAGGACGAGAAGGUCAGAGGUCAAGCUCCUAUGCUCCCUCUAUAG